GCUGACAGAGGCCCCCAAAGACAGAGGAGGUCAAGCUAUGGCUCCAUCUCCAAUGCACCCAGCCCAGGGCCACAGCAAGUGCCUCCCAGAGAGACCUAUCUGAGUGAGAAGAUCUCCAUUCCACAUGCAGAACCGGGCAAGUUCAGCCUGCGGAAACUAUGGGCUUUCACGGGGCCUGGCUUUCUCAUGAGCAUCGCUUUUCUGGAUCCAGGAAACAUCGAGUCAGAUUUGCAAGCUGGUGCCGCGGCGGAAUUCAAACUGCUCUGGGUGUUGCUAUGGGCCACGGUGUUGGGCUUGCUCUGCCAGCGGCUGGCAGCUCGGCUAGGCGUGGUGACAGGCAAGGACUUGGGCGAGGUCUGCCAUCUCUACUACCCGAAGGUACCCCGCAUCCUCCUCUGGCUGACCAUCGAGCUGGCCAUUGUGGGCUCGGACAUGCAGGAGGUCAUUGGCACAGCUAUUGCAUUCAGUCUGCUCUCAGCUAAACGAAUCCCACUCUGGGGUGGCGUUCUCAUCACCAUCGUGGACACCUUCUUCUUCCUCUUCCUCGAUAAUUAUGGGCUGCGGAAACUGGAAGCCUUUUUUGGAUUCCUCAUUACUAUUAUGGCCUUGACCUUCGGCUAUGAGUAUGUGGUGGCGCGCCCUGCACAGGGAGCACUCCUUCAGGGCCUUUUCCUGCCCUUGUGUCCGGGCUGUGGCCAGCGUGAGCUGCUGCAAGCUGUGGGCAUCGUGGGCGCCAUUAUUAUGCCUCACAACAUCUACCUGCACUCCUCCCUGGUUAAGUCUCGAGAGAUUGACCGAACCCACCGGGCAGACGUCCGAGAAGCUAACAUGUACUUCCUGAUCGAGGCCUGCAUUGCGUUGUCUGUCUCCUUCUUCAUCAACCUGUUCGUCAUGGCUGUCUUUGGACAAGCCUUCUACCACAAAACCAACCAAGACGCGUUCAACAUCUGUGCCAACAGCAGCCUCCACCGCUAUGCCGAGAUCUUCCCUCAGAACAACGGUACCGCGGAUGUGGACAUCUACCGAGGAGGCGUGAUCCUGGGCUGCCUCUUUGGGCCCGCAGCCCUCUACAUCUGGGCGGUGGGUCUGCUGGCUGCGGGGCAGAGCUCCACCAUGACGGGCACCUACGCGGGACAGUUCGUGAUGGAGGGCUUCCUGAGGUUGCGAUGGUCCCGCUUUGCGCGUGUCCUCCUCACCCGCUCCUGCGCCAUCCUGCCCACUGUGCUUGUGGCUGUCUUCCGGGACCUGAGGGACCUGUCAGUCCUCAACGACUUCCUUAACGUGCUGCAGAGCCUGCUGCUCCCCUUUGCUGUACUCCCUAUCCUCACAUUCACCAGCAUGCCCGCCCUCAUGCACGAGUUUGCCAACGGCCGCCUGAGCAAGAUCAUCACUUCAUCCAUCAUGUUCCUGGUCUGUGCUAUCAACCUGUAUUUCGUGGUCACAUACCUGCCGGAUCUCCCCUACCCUGCCUACUUUGGUCUUGUAGCUCUGCUGGCAGUAGCGUACCUGGGACUUACCAUCUACUUGGUCUGGACCUGUUGCAUCGCCCAUGGAGCUGUCUUCCUGGCUCACAGCUCCCACCAGCACUUCCUGUAUGGGCUUCCUGAAGAGGAGCAGAUGGGAAGGGUAUCUGGAUAA